AUGGAUCCAGACAAGUUCAACUCCAGCUCCUCUGCCUUCUUCUUAGUUGGCAUCCCUGGGCUAGAAAGUGCCCACUCCUGGAUGGGCGCCCUCUUCUGCUCAAUGUACUUGAUGGCGCUUGCAGGAAACUGCGUCCUCCUCCUGACAAUCCUCCUGGCUCACACCUUGCACCAUCCCAUGUUCUACUUCCUGGCCAUGUUGGCAAUGAUUGACCUGGUCAUGGCCACAACUGUGGUCCCCAAGAUGCUUGGCAUCUUCUGGAUGGGCUCUCAAGCGAUUGGCUUUGAUGCUUGCUUCACCCAGAUGUUCCUCAUCCACGCCACCACAGCUGUGGAAUCAGGAGUCUUGCUGGCCAUGGCCUUUGACCGGUAUGUCGCCAUCUGCCACCCGCUAAGAUAUGAGACUAUCUUGACAUCCCAAAGGGUCGUGCAGAUAGGGCUGGCCAUUCUGGCAAGAGGGAUCCUCUUCAUGGUGCCUUUGACCUGGAUGUUGAGGCGUCUGCCAUACUGUGCUUCCAAAGUGAUAUCUCAUUCCUACUGCGAGCACAUGGUGGUCAUGAAAUUGGCCUGUGCAGAUUAUUCUGCAAGCAGCACCUACAACUUGGUGGGGACCACCCUCAUUGUGGGGACCGACACAGCCUUCAUCGCCUUGUCUUACAGACUGAUUCUCAGGGUUGUGGGGAAACUUGCCGAGAAAACCGAGCGGCUCAAGUCCUUCAGCACCUGCAGCUCCCACAUCUGUGUGAUGGUGCUCUAUUACCUCCCAGGUUUGGCCUCCCUUUACAUCCAGUGCUUUCCCCAGGCGGUGCCACCACACGUGCAGGUCCUGCUGGCUGAUCUGUAUCUCAGCCUCCCUCCCAUGCUGAACCCCAUCAUUUACAGCAUCCGGACAAAGCAGGUGCGUGAGGCUCUGUGCAAAGUAUUUUCCUUCUUCAAGGGUUCUCUUGGGUGA